AUGCCAAUUGCUGAGAUAACGCAGAUGGUGGGAAAAGAAAGUGUUCACACCAAGACAGAUAGUGCUCCGGAGCUAAGCAAUAGUCAAGAAGCUUGUGGAGAAGGAAUGCAGCCGACCACGCAGGGAAGACAAGCCACCGAGGGUUACAAAAAGAAGCAGCAGCAGAAGAAAGAGGAGAUAAUGGAGAACGAUGACGAUAAACGACUGACUGGGGGAAUAAUUGGGAAGGAAGGAACCGAACGAAACGUGUGGGAAAGAGAGGAACUGGAAGGCACGAUGGCCGGACGGAUCCAAUCAGUAGCCUCGACUAAGUAUGCCCACCACCACCCUGCGUACCAGAUCGGCUCGCUCGCUGGGUCGAAAAGGGUAGAACCGAGACGGGGAAAGACGCUAAGGCCAGUUUCGAAUGUGCCGGUGGUUCCGUCUAAAUGGCCUGGCCGUGCCUUGCCUUGCGUGCUUUUCUUAUCCACGGCUCCAGUGGCUUUCCCACAUUUCACCGAAUGGUGCACGUACACGACAGCCACAGAGGAGGGUGUUUACGUAAGUUGGUGGACAACUGACUAG